UAGAUGCGCGGCGUCUGAGCUGCUGCGAGCUGUUAACAUCAUUGCUGUGCUGUCAGGUUCGCUAUGAGGGCUGUUGUGAGCGGACAGCGGUAUUCUGAGGGCUCUGGCAAAACCAAGAAAGAGGCCAAGCAGAACGCGCUCAAUGGCAUAAACAUCACUCAGAAUAUUGAACCUACAACGUCAUCUGUUCAAAACUCUCCCAGCAAUAUGACUGUAUCUCAGAGGAAUUAUAUUUGCUGGCUUAAUGAAUAUUCACAGAAGAGCAAGUUAUUUUUCAAGGCUCAUGAAUCCAGAUCCAUAAUGGCUCCAGGAAGCACUCGAUUGUGUACUUAUGUCUGUAAGUAUGUUUGCGGUGAUAGAGAGUUUCCUGAGGCUUAUGGAAAAAAUAAGAAGGACGCUAAAGAAGCAGCGGCAACCCGUGUUUACGAAGAGCUGAACAAAACACAAAAUGCAGAGGUCUUCGAGGACGACAGCAAUAGAGCACAGAAGCCAGAGGUUGCGUCUCGUAGUGCUAGCCUGGAUCGUGUCAGCUUGAGUUUUGCUGAUGAAUCUCGAAGCAUCACGCCUGACGGCAACUACAUAGCACUUCUCAAUAACUACUGCCAGAAACAUAAUCGUGCGUUUGAUUUCAAAUUAGUGGAGAAACGAGGCCCUCCUCACAACCCAGAGUUUGUAUAUAAAGUUAUCAUAAAGGGGAAGGAAUACCCUGAAGGACAAGGAAAGAGCACAAAAGAGGCGAAGCAACAUGCUGCUCAGUACGCUUGGAGUGAAAUUAAUGAGCAAUCCGGAUGGACCACACAGAGUUCUGAAAAUGACAGCUCUUCACAAACUCAAGAGACAUCUAAAUCUCAGGAUGCACAGCACUCCUCAAAAAGCUCGUCUGAAACUCCCAGCACAAGUUCUUCUACUGUCUCCAAAGACUCAUCUGGUGUUAGUUCUCCUAUGGUCAUAAGUCCUAGUGUGAGUCCACUGGAUGUGACGCCGAAAAUAAAAUUAGCACCAAAUUUUAAACUGUCACCCAAUGGUCUGGCUAGGAGUAAAGAGGUUGGUCCUAACAUGAGCGCACAGAACCCAUCAAAGCCAUCUGGAGGUCAAACGUCAAACCACGCUACAAAGUCGAGGUUUUUAGAAGACUUUGACUCAAUAUAUCCAAUUGGCAAAGGUGGCUUCGGCCGUGUUUUCAAGGCAAGACGAGUACUUGAGAACACAUAUUAUGCUGUGAAGAUAGUGAAGAGUACAAAAAAAGCUCGUCGUGAGGUCGGUGCUUUGGCUAAGUUUAAUAACGCCAACAUCGUCCGCUACUACACAGCUUGGGUCGAGGACACGGCGUACACAGAGUCUUCAGAGAGCUACAGCCUCUCAGACUCUGGCAGUGACCCGGGAACAAAGUUCCUCUACAUUCAGAUGGAGCUGUGUGAGGGAGACACGCUUCGUGCCUGGAUUGAUAAAAGAAACUCUUCAGAUGUUCAUGACCCAGAGAGGAGGACGGAGGCAGCACAGAUCAACAGGCAGGUGCUGAAGGCCGUGGAGUACAUCCACUCCAAGGGUUUGAUCCACAGAGACCUGAAGCCGUUGAACAUAAUGUUCAGCAGCGAGGGAAGAGUAAAGGUUGGAGACUUCGGCCUCGUGACCGCAGCAGAAAAUAAUAAUGACGAGCAUCUGCUGGAACGGACUAAAAGGACAGGAACCCGUAUUUACAUGAGCCCAGAACAGGAAAAUAAGAAGAAUUAUGAUGAAAAAACUGACAUUUUUCCUCUUGGACUCAUAUUGUUUGAGAUGGUCUGGGAAAUAUCUACUGGUAUGGAGAGAGUAGAGCUGUGGCCAGAUCUGAGAAAUCAAAGGUUUCCAGAAGGGUUCAGUGACAAAUAUUCAGCUGAAAGUAUGUUCAUCAUGAAGAUGCUGUCACAUUCACCUGAGGACAGGCCACAUGCAAAAGAUAUAAAAAUAGAUCUUAAGACGUUUUUCUCUCUGGAACAGGAUCUGUUAAGCCAGAAAACAAUUUGA